AUGUCGGCCCCAAAUCAUGAUGGAUCGUUCUCGACUUCAAGCCCCCACAGCAUUGCAAUCAUCGGCGCUGGCCCAGUCGGCGUUGCUCUGGCGAAGAGACUUGUGAAAGCUGGACACACAGUCUGUCUUUCGAACUCCAGAGGCCCAGAUACGCUGCGCCAACAAGAGAGGGAGACAGGCGCCAAGUCCGCAGACGUCAAACAAGCAAUUGCAGAGGCGGAAAUCAUCGUCCUCGCGAUCCCGACAGGCAAUAUAUCGGCAUUUUAUCCAAUCCUUCGAGCAACUUCGCUGCGCCCGGGCUCCAUCUUGCUGGAUGCUUGCAACUACUAUCCGUCCCGUGAUGGCCGGGUCGAGGAGCUGGAUAAAGGCUUGCCGGAUAGCGUGUGGAUAUCACAGAAUGUGUCGGUUCCGGUGGUGAAAGCAUUCAACAACAUCAUCGCGGCCAAUAUCUUCACAAGCGCAAGAACGAAACGCUCGGCUGGGAGAGUUGCGCUCCCUGUGUCGGCUGACGACACUGCGGCUCUGGACAUCGUUAUGGCGUUGGUCGAGGAUGUCGGAUUCGACGCAUACAACGCAGGCAAGCUUGCUGACACGUGGCGGUACCAGCCCGGGCAGCCAGCAUAUUGCACUGAGCCGUCGGCGGAGCAGCUGCCCCGUCUACUUGCCAGAGCGGAUCGGGAUCAGGGGCCUGCCAAUCGCGAUAAGGCACGGGAAUGGAUUGACAAGCUGCCAGCGGAUUUUCCUCCCGAUAUUCUUCUACGAGUUGCGCGGUUGUCUAAUGGGUUGGAUAAGUGGAAUGUUCGGAGUUGGUUUGCAGCGACCGUGUUUGCUUUUGCUCUUUUGAGAGCAUCCAUGAAGGGCUGA